AACUGCACAUCCACGAGGAAUCAACUAAACCGCAUCCCUGUUUAAAAAGUCUUUAGGUCUCUACAAGCAGUAUUCCAGCCGUAAGCAUGGAUGGCAGUGGUGGCGAAUGGCUCAGCACUCCUGUGCCCGCGUGUUGCCUGGAAAAUGUCACCAUGGAGAAUUCCAGCAUGGGCCAAAUCUACGAAGUCAUGCUGCAGUCGACGAACACAUCGAAGCGCAGUCCUCAGUUUGUUGGCGUGGAGCUCCUUCAGUCUUUUAAACCUCUCAUCAUCCCUUGCUACACUCUUGUGGUCCUGGUUGGAGUUUUUGGGAACUACCUGCUGCUUUAUGUCAUCUGCCACACCAAAAAAAUGCACAACGUGACCAACUUCUUCAUCGGUAACCUAGCGUUUUCCGACAUGCUGAUGUGUGCUACCUGCGUGCCCUUUACCCUGGCAUAUGCUUUUAAUCCACGCGGGUGGGUAUUUGGAAGAUUCAUGUGCUACCUGGUGUUCCUCAUUCAGCCGGUGAUGGUGUACGUGUCGGUUUUCACACUGACAGCUAUUGGGGUGGACAGAUACUACGCUACUGUUCAUCCACUCAAGAAGCGCAUCUCAGUUCUGGCCUGCACGUAUCUGCUCUCUGGGAUCUGGAUUCUGUCGUGUGGUCUGGUAGCUCCUGCUGUGGCCCACACAUAUCAUGUGGAGUUCAAGGACGAAGGUUUUACCAUCUGCGAGGAGUUCUGGAUGGGUCAGGAGAAAGAGCGGCUAGCCUACGCUUACAGCACACUCUUCAUCACCUACGUUCUUCCUCUGUCCGCUCUUUGCAUCUCCUACUUGUGCAUUUCAGUGAAGCUUCGCAAUUGCGUGGUGCCAGGUCAUCGCACCCAGAGCCAAGCGGAAGCCCAGCGGGCUCGGAAGCGCAAGACGUUUCGCCUGGUGUCAUUGGUCGUCGCUGCUUUUGGGAUCUGCUGGCUGCCGAUAAGCGUCUUCAAUGUUCUACGGGAUAUUGAUAUAGACCUGAUCGACAAGCGCUACUUUCUUCUGAUCCAGCUAUUGUGUCACUUGUGUGGAAUGAGUUCGUCUUGUUGUAACCCAUUUUUAUAUGCAUGGCUGCACGAUCGUUUCAGGGCGGAACUACGCAAGAUGUUCACCUGUCAUCGACGGAUUGGCAUCGGGAUUCCUGCUAACAACUGUGCCACCGCUAGCGUGGUUCUCUGA